GGCAACUCCCUUUCGCUCCGCCUUCUUCCCUCAUGAGGCAGGUGUGAGGGCCUCUCCGUCGCCACCUCCAUCUCCUCUACCUGUUAAGCUUCCCUUCAACACACCUUUACCUUAACCUGGGAGGUAGCCAUGGCCUCCCAGGACUGCCAAGUGUGUCUGGAGCGCUACGACGACGAGGCGCGGAAGCCCCGAUGCCUCAGCUGCGGCCACACGCUCUGCACCCUCUGCCUGUCGGACAUCAUCGACAGAGGGGCCCUCUACUGCCCCUUCUGCAGGGUCAGUCACGUUACCCCCGUCACCAGAGCGGAGGACGUGCCGGUCAACUACACCCUGGUGAGCCUCCUGCAGGAUUCCGGCCUGUCGAUGGCGCCUCGCAGCUCGGAGGCCCUCCUGAGCGUGGUCAAGAACGAGGCCAUCGAGAGGACGACCGGCCAGCUGGUCAUCUGCAACUGCCACCUGGCGCGCCUUAAGGACCUCCAGCAGAGACUCGGCGCGCAGACGAAGCUGCAGGAGAAGCAUAUCCACGCCCUGCGCUCCCUGCUGGCGCGCCACGAGGAGCACCUGCGGGACCUCAAUGACGCGUCCGCCCGGACGAGGGAGGCCGUGGGCGAGGGUGAGGGCUGGAAGAGGGCGCUGGAGCUUAGCCAGGCGCGGGUAAACUGCGCGUCCUCGCUGCUGGAGGUGACGGCGGUCCAUCAGGAGGACGGCGCCCUCGAGGCCUCCGUGAAGGGCUGGAGCGAGAAGGCCUACGAGCUUCUGAAGACGCAGGUCGUCCAGGCUGCUGAAGAGAUGGAGAGCCUAACAAGAGUAGCUUUAGAGGCCGUCGUGGAAAGGAGUAUGACCACAACGGCAUCAGCUGUUACUCCUACUAAGUGUCAAAUGGAGAGUCUAACCAGCGUGGCUUUUGGAACUGUCCUGGAAAUGGGUAUGACCACAGCAGCAUCAGGUGUCACGCCUACAGAGUGUCAGGUUACCUACGACUCGGACAAAUCUCUACAUCUAAGUGAGCUUCUGAGGAAAGCGCGGGUGGUGGGAAGCGAGGUGUGGGCGGUGUUGGACGAGGAUGGGCGGCCUCGAUGUGCUAAGGUCAGUCAGGUGGACGGCAGGAUUUGCCUCCACGCCCUCGUGGAAGGGACGCCCCCCAUCUACACCCACAUAGUGCCCUAUGAAGACGUGCGAAACCUAGUGGACGAGAGCUGCAUAAGGACCUUCCUGGAACUCUCCUGGGCGGGCAAAGUGCAAGGAAGGGUUACCAUACGCCUCCUGAACGCCACGUGCCGGUGUCUCCAGUUCUUCUACCUGUGCUCGGGAGAACGCGGCCCUUCGUACGCCAACACCCGCCUGCUGGAGACGGAGGCCCGGGGACAGUCCGGGGAGAGGGUUUGGGGGGGAGACUACCAGAACAACGACGGCAGCGGGGGGGCGCCUCUCCCUGGCUUGACAAUGGGAGAGCUUUCGUCGCAGAGCGUCACCGCGGGCCUCGUCGCCGGCUUCUGCUACAGCCACGAGCACCGGAAUCCUUCGCACUUCGUCAUCUACAACAACGAUUGCCCCGUCCUGUACGAGGAGAGUCCGCUGGGGAGAGUGGUAGACGGCCUGGAACUCGUCAGGAGCGCUGCGAGGCUGCCGGAUGUGAAGGACGCUGUCGUGAGUGAUUGUGGAUUAGUGCUGUCGUAGUUGUGUCACGGGGGUUAGGGAGUUAGCCCGUAUUCUCUCUCUCUCUCUCUCUCUCUCUCUCUCUCUCUCUCUCUCUCUCUCUCUCUCUCUCUCUCUCUCUCUCUCUCUCUCUCUAUCUCUAUCUCCUUCUCUCCUUCUCUCUCUCUCAUUUUCUCUCUCCAUCUAUCAAUCUGUCUCUCUCUUUCAGUAUAAACCACUGCAUUUUGACUUCUAGAACUAGAAUCCAGACUCCUUAUCAAGGCCAAGUAAAUGCUUGAGAAUUCCUAUGAUACGUAAAACUUUUAUGCACACCGAACAGUCAUGCUGGCGAGAUACAUGCUAUUUAAGAAUAAAUUAAUAGUGGUCUUUAGAAUAGACAGGAAAAAGGAGGAAAGGCAUCGUAGUUCAAGUAACGAGGAACCGACGAAUAAAGAGAAGACAAAAAAAAAAAAAGUUAAGAUCAAAGCCAGUUUCGUCUGAGGUUACGAUGACGAGGUUAUGGUGCUAAAGAUGAACAAAAUAUCUAAGAAAACGUGGGGAAGGAAAUAUAGCUCAUAGCAUACAAAUUGCAUGGCAUUACUAUGAAAAUAUCCCGUAAUUCUUUAACAUACACUUUUGAAUAUACAAGCUGCUUGUGUCACAAUCCUCCACAACCCCGUUAUUGGGAUAAAUAGAAUAUAUACAACUUGAUUGUAAAUAGACCAAAUUUAGCGUUGAUGUUCUGUUACAUAGUGUUAUCAUAUAUUAUAGUUUUAUAGUUUAUUUCUAUGUGUAUGUGUAUAUGCACAUCCUUUAAAAGAUAUUGAAUUUAUGUAACCAAAAUAAUA